AUGUCUCAUCACUCUCUCCGCGAGCUCGCGUCUUCGGCCUGCGUCGGGUCCUCCUCGUUCCCGGCGUCGACGUCGUAUUCUUCUUCUUCUUCUUUUGAUUUAUUUAUCCCAUCGGCGAAGGAAAAUUCCGGGGCGACGACGACGACGGGUGCGGCGGCGGUAGCAGCGGCUGGGAAAACAAUAGGCGUCAGUCCGGCCAUAAAAGCUGUUUCCGGGUCGUUCGGGGGUAUCAUCGAGGUAGGUUUAGUUGUCCUCUCGUCGUGGUCUUCGAGAGAAGAGUUGCUUUUUGUAAACGACGAUACGAUUUCAAAAAUGGAAAAGAAGAGGCGACGCGUGAACUCCUUUUGCUCUCUGUCUAUGUAUCUCGCCUUAGGCGUAUCUUUAUUCACGACUCACCUGCGUUUCUUUCUUUCCUUCAUUAAUAAUGUGUGUGUUAUCUUAAAACAGGCGUGCUGUCUUCAACCCGUGGACGUGGUAAAAACGCGUUUACAACUCGAUAAGACUGGACAAUACAAAGGCAUCGCGGACUGUUUCAAGCAAAUACAAGCGAACGAAGGCACGAAGGCGCUGUGGAAAGGAUUAACCCCAUUUGCGACGCACUUAUGCUUUAAGUAUAUGCUGCGAAUGGGCACGAACGCGACGUUUCAAGCCGGUUUGAGAGACGAAAAUGGGUACUUGAGCACGCAACGCAGGAUGUUGGCCGGUUUCGGCGCCGGCGUGUGCGAAGCGGUGAUGAUCGUGACUCCGUUUGAAGUGGUUAAAAUUCGAUUGCAGCAACAAAAAGGAUUAGAUGCAUCAAAGUUAAAGUAUAAAGGCACGUUUCAUUGCGCGAAAACGAUUAUUGCGGAGGAAGGUGUGAAAGGUUUGUGGUCAGGCGUCGGUCCGACCAUCGCGAGAAACGGGACCAAUCAGAUGUGUUUGUUCACGGCGAAAGCGCAGGUGGAUAAAACUUUGUGGGGAAAGCACGAUGGGGACGGGAUGGUAUUGCAUCCCGCGCAAUCCCUAGUUAGCGGUGGAUUAGCCGCAACCUUUGGCCCCAUAGCCACUGGGCCGUUUGACGUCAUGAAGACGCGUUUGAUGGCGCAAGCGAAAGCGCCGCCCGGCACCGAGGCCAAGUAUAAAGGUUUCUUACACGCCGGGGUGGUUAUUUUCAGAGAAGAGGGUAUCUUUGCCAUGUGGAAGGGUUUGUUGCCGAGGUUAAUGCGCAUUCCACCUGGUCAGGCGAUCACGUGGAUGGUAGCCGACCAAGUCGUCGGAUUCGUCGAGAGAAGACAAGAGGAGCAAUAA